UUCACAAUACAGUUUACAUGCAGCGUUCAGUCCAGUCAAGUCACACACACUGUUCGUUCACUUUCUCCUCCUUCCCUACACUCCACACACAUUCCCGCACUAUCCACCGCCAUUUUCUUCAUCUUCUCAACUGCUUUCCCUCGUCUCCAAACCCUAACGUUAGCGUUUCGCUUCCAUUCAAGAGAAUAUGGUCAAUUAUGGUUCAUUGGAUGUGGAAGAAAUUCUGACGGGGGUAUUAAUUUAGCUAUUCAUCUGGCAGCUCUUUUAGCGGGCUCCCAAUUUCUCAUUCCAAGCAGCGUCAACCUAAGUCUGAAUCCUUCUAUGUUAUUUUUCACCAAUGAUGAAAAGUUUGGCGUCUGAUUCUCAGAAGAGGAUUUCAUAUAUGAGAAAUUGAGAAACAGUAGUGGUCCAAAAGAACAUCCUAACCAUGAGUGCACCAGGUGUAUGCCCAACCGAGGAUGCCAUAUUUACAUUAUUAGAUUAUUUAGUUGAACCCAUGCUUCCUGCAAAGUCAUUGUCGAGAGAAAAUCCACCACAAUCUCUUCUGCAAUCGGUUGCAAAACAGGUGCAUGCCGUUGUUCUGUUGUACAACUACUACCACCGGAAACAACAUCCGCACCUUGAAUUUCUGAGUUUUGAGGCAUUUUGUAAGUUAGCUGUGGUCGUUAAACCAGCUUUAUUGUCUCACAUGAAACUCAUGCAAAACUCAGAUGAUAUAGAAUUGGAAAAUCCCGAGAACCAGCUUUCUCCAGCCGAAAAGGCAAUUAUGGAUGCAUGUGAUAUAGCCACUUGUCUACAGGCAUCAAAAGAUGAUGACGUAGAGGGCUGGCCUCUUUCCAAGGUUGCUGUUCUUUUAAUUGACUCCAAAAGGGAAAGUUGCCAUUUGCUAUUUAGUGUCAUCACUCAAGGAGUUUGGUCUGUCAUUGAACAAGAUUUGGAUACCUCUGAAUGUCAACCAGAAACUGUGGACGAGGAAAAACAUGUAAACAAAAAGAAAAGAGUGAUCAAGAAACCUUCAAAAGAGGGGCCAGUUGAUGAAAUUAAAACUCAGCAGCUGGCAUAUUCAACAGUUAGGAAAGCAACAGGGAUUAAUCAAUCUGAUCUCAAAAUUUUAGAAAGUCAUGUUGUAUACUCUCAUAGUAAAGCGAAAUCAGCAGUCUUCUUUUAUGUGAUUCAGUGCACUCGAUCAGCAACUGAAGAUGUAAUUCAAGUUCCCAUUAAAGAUACCAUUGACAGUUUGCAGGAUUCGUUGUUUAAAAUAAAUGGUAGGAGAUGGAGCAUUACCUCAAAAGUUGAGUACUUCCACAUUCUUCCAUAUGCUAGGAUGAUGCUAAUCUGGUUUCACGGUGUAACUUCAACCAAUAGUUUACGAGUCAUAGGUGGAGCAAAGGUUGAUGAAAACUUGAACAAGCCUGAGAGAAUAGAUGUAACGAGGACACUUGAAAUUCAAGACAACCAAGAUGGUGCUAGUGCAAACAAUUUGAAUAAAGGGACUAGCACUUAUGGUGAAGGAUUGGAAAGACUGCCAGAUAAAACUAACUAUAUCAGUAGUUUGAAUGAUGUGAUGUGCAGGCCCCAGAAUUCUAAUGUGGAUGACUUGGUUCCUUCCUAUCCAGUGGAGAAGAAAAAGGAUGUACCAAAUACUAGCCAAGUUUUCUUUUCCUAUGCAAAGAAAAAGAAUGCUAGGCAAGCUGACAAUCGCGAUGCAGUGAUGAUCCCAUGUAUGGUGAAUGAACCAAAUGCCUCAGAAAGUGGCAUCAUAGUUAAGGAUAGGAUAUUGGCAACGAACCCUUGUCUUGCUGAAUGCAGUGGUGAAAAGAUUGCUUCUGGAAAUCUCUCUGACAAUAUUUCACUUGAUCAAUAUAGGAACGGUGAUCAUGCUCUUGUCACCUGUCAAUCGAACACAGAACAUCUUACUAAGUUACAGGAAAUUAUAAUUUCGAAAGAAACAGCAUUGUCACAAGCUGCAAUUAAAGCUCUAAGUAGGAAGAGGGAUAAACUGUCUCAUCAGCAGCGCAUCAUUGAAGAUAAGAUAGCUCAGUGUGAUAAAAACAUGCAGACAAUAUUAAGGGGUGAUGAAGAUGGUUUGGUUAUAAAGCUGGAUUCUGUGAUCGAAUGUUGUAAUGAUGUCUGCAUAAGAAGUAUUGCGGAAGAUAGAUCUUAUCAAUGCUUUGAAGAAAACUGCUCAUCUCAAUAUGGCACGAGUAAGAGAUUGUCAGAAGCAAUUCUCUGCGUACAGAAUCCAUGUCAGGAACUGGAUGACAUAUGUCGUAAAAAUAAUUGGAUAUUGCCCGUUUACGGAGUCUCGACAUCAGAUGGUGGAUUCCAAGCUAAUGUGCUUGUAAAAGGGAUGGAUUUUGCAUAUUCAAGCUGCAGCGAGCUGUGUCCAGACCCUUGUGAAGCCAGGAAAUCGGCUGCAACAAAGAUGUUAGGUCAACUAUGGACGAUGGCAAGUCAGACCAAGCAGCUACAACUUGCACACCUGCAACAGAUUUGCCUCGUGCACAACGAGAUGGGAAUGACUGUAGCAAGUGUUUUGACUCGAGAGCAUAGCAUUGAAAAUAUGGACAGUUUAUGAAUAACGAUAGUUCAUAA